AUGGCCAAGGUAUUUGAAGCGCGCUUUCUGGAGGCCAACUCAAGCGACAACGGCCCAUUCCUGUUCGCUCCGAAGGUUUUUGCUUUCGAGACGUCGAUGAUGUCCAUCGUAGUGAUCCAGACGCUGGUUUGGGGCAAUGCGAUGCGAGCGCGUGCAACGACAACGAUAACUUUGCAACGUGAGCGGACAUGA